ACUAAUCAAACCAUUUGAAAAAAGGUCCCUAUUGGGGCUGCUGUGUAUCAUUCAACAGAGGGGCACAUGACUACUUUACAACUCAUCCUUUUUAGAUGAUCAAUAACUUGUAGAGUCCUUUUUUCUCUUCAUUAUUUGGGACAUUCCUUCUUUACGAACGUUGCAAUUCCUUCUCUUCACAACUAUGUCCACACGAGCCCUUGUCACCACAUCUUUUGAGUCACCUUAUGUGUCUCUAGAUCUUCUUUCAUACUUGAAAUCUAGGCAGGUCACACCAUUCCAAAUUUUCAAUGAGGUUAUCAUGCCAGAUUUUCUCCACCAAAUGUCCGAGUUGAAACAGCUUGUUGAAGGCAGCAGCAGCAGUGGCAGCAGUGGCAGCGGCAGCAGCAGCACCGCCAACAAUGGCGAUGAUACCAUCGUUGAGGAGGACUCCUACCUGCAAAGGAUGUUUGAGGAAAUUCAGAAUGAUCUCAUCUACAUCAAAAAGGCCUGUGUGAAAUUUAAACAGUGGGAGGAAGAUCAAGUCAACGUUUCUAUGAAAGGUUUAGUUUUCCGGGCCUUGGAUGAUGCCUUUAAACAAAGAACAGGGUCACGAGAUCGUAGAGAAGAAACCAGUUAUAUUCGGGAUAAGCUAGUUAAAACUCACCACCUUGUCUCCAUGUUAAAGAAGUCUCUGCAUUCUUCUCCGCCACUCUCUUCAGGCAAUUUGAAAUCCCAGAGCCUACAACGUGCAAAACAUUCCAUGAUCCGUUGGGAAUUGAACCUUCAUGGUCGCUCAGUUUAUUUACCAACCAAAUUGCAAGAAAUAGAGGCGGAGAGUUCAACAUUCAAAGCAAUAGAGGCAGAGAGUUCAACAUUCAAAGAAAUAGAGGCGGUGUACAAUGGUCUAGAUGUCACAUUGAAGCUCUGUUUCCUCUGUUUCUCAGUGUUCCCUGAAAAUGCUGUCAUAAAGAAGAAGGUUUUAGUCCAUUGGUGGGUUGGUGAGGGGUUUAUAGACACUUUAGGUACAUCAGGCAAGACUGCUGAGGAUACUGCAAAUCAAUUCUUCAACGACUUCAUAGAAAAAGGCCUCAUCAAGCCGGUGUACAAAAAGCGCAGACCAAGUGCUGAUAGCUGCAGCAUGGAACCUUCUGUUCGUUAUGCUGCGAUCAAGCUUGCAAAGAGAGCUGGAUUCUUCAGUUUUGAUAGCAAUGGAAAUCCCACCGAAGAUUUUACUUGCUCUAGGAGGGCAUGCCUUGUAAAAACUGAAGAGGGGUCUUCUGUACACGAAUUGCCAUACCGAUUAGAACAGGAGAAGGUCCAAAGUAUAAUCAAUGUGAAUGAGCUUAAUCUUGACUUUAGACCUGAAUGGUUCUCCAAGAUGAAAUACGUAGCAGUUUUGCAGCUUGGGAGAUGGGAGAGCUCAGCCAAGCAUCUUAUUCAAGUAGAGGACAGUGAGUUCUUAAAAGGGUUGAAGAAUAUGAGACACCUUCGGUACUUAAGCCUUCGAGGAGUCUCUAGAAUUACGGAGCUUCCUGCUUCAAUUUGCAAACUCAGCAAUCUGAGGAUCCUGAACCUCAAUGGUUGUGUUGAUUUGGAGCAGCUCCCUCAAGGGAUAGGCUCACUCAAGAACCUGACACACUUGGAUAUGUAUGAGUGUUACUUGAUCAGCCACAUGCCUAAGGGACUUGCUUUGCUCUCACAACUCCGAGUGCUUAAAGGGUUUGUGAUUGGUGAGCCAAGGCCUGGAGGCAACUACUGUAAGCUGGCUGAUUUGUCAGGCUUGGAAAAUCUGAGGAAAUUGAGUAUCCAUGUGGAUAAAACGUCUGAUGCUGCAAAAAGAGAGCUCUUUUCUUUGGCAGAGUUCAAAAAGCUCCAAUCUUUAUCUAUAUCAUGGUCAAGACUUUAUGACACUCCCAAAAAGCCUUUAAAUCUCAAGAGGAUUGCAACCAAGAAGUUUACGAGCCGGGUUAAAUCAACAAAACCGCCACCACCACCACCACCAUCUCCAUUGAUGGAUCCAGUUUCUGUUCCUUUGAAGAAACUUAACCUCCAUUACUUCCCUGGUUCUAAGAUGCCUGAUUGGCUGAUGCAGUGGGAUUUGACUACACUAAAGAAGCUCUAUAUCCGGGGUGGAAGCCUCUCAAAUCUGUGUCACGGGAAAGAAGACAAUUGGGCUGUCGAAGUGGUGCGCUUGAAGUUCUUGGAAAAGUUGCAGAUGGAUUGGCGGAAACUGCAAGAAUUGUUUCCAAGCCUGACCUACUUGGAGAUAGACAAGUGUCCUAAACUCAGUUUCAUCCCAUGUGAUGAGAAUGGUGUGUGGAAAAAGGCAGACUGAGUCUCAAUCAUUACCAGAAAAAUUUAUACUUCAAUUUUUGCUGCUGCUAGCUAAUAAAACUCCAUAACCAGAUUAUAUGCUUCUGUCCUUGAGAAGAAGGGUUCUUGAGUUGAGUAUUCAAAGUUCUCACUCUUCACCAUGAUAUGUUUCUUUGUUAUCACUUUGUCAGCAGCAUUGACUGAGUUAUAGCUCAUCCCACAAUGUCUUUUAACUUU